UUUUAUUUUUAAUUGAUCAGAAUAAUCCUCUGCACAUGAUGAGCAGAGGGGGACUGAGUAUGAUGGGCAAAAAUCACAGCAUUUUAUCUAAAAUCAAUAUACGGUGCAAACAGGAAGUUGUGAAGUUUAGACUUUUAAUCAUUUGUCAUUUCAAACCAACCACCACCAACCAUUUGCUGUGCUUUAUUUCAAACCAACCGCCACCAACCAUUUGUUGUGCUUUUUCGAACCAACCACAUUAAGGGUACUCGAGGUCAGUAAAAUUGCACUCAUAGUUUAUUUUUAUUUAUUUAUUUUUUAUUUAAAUUUUGUUAGAAGCAAUUGUACAACAAAAAAUAAUCGACAUAGCAGUUAUACAAUUUUCGUACAGCUCCAGUUUUAACAUUUUAUAAACUAUUAACUAGAUCGGAAAGAAAAAAAAGGAAAAAAAGGAAAGAAAGUAGAGAAGAGCAAAAAAAGCAAGGAAGAAAAAAAAAAAGAACUAGAAUGGUGAAAAAGAAGCAGAGAUAUAUCUAACUACCCUUCCGUACGUCUGCUCACCCAACCCUACCAUUGGUUUUGAGUUAGUGUUCAACCAUUGUUUUGUUGAAGAAAUUCUAUAAAGGGAGACAAUAUUUUUGAAAAUUGAUUUGGUUUGUCAGUCAAGAUGAACCUUAUUUUUUCUGGAUGUAGUGUAUUGGUCAUUUCUGUGAUCCACAUCUUCACUGUGGGGACUGUUAUCUUUUUCCAGAAUUUAAGUAUAAGUUUUUUCGCAGUUAUUAAACCGUAGUCAAGGAAGCGUCCUUGAAAUAUAGAUAGGUUAGCGCAGCCCUCUGACAUUCCGAAUAUUAUUAGUUUUGGAUCUGGCUCCAAUGGAGUUUUAAGUGUUUUAGAAAUAAUAUUGAAUAUUUCCGUCCAGAAAUUUUGUAUUUUUAUACAGGAUACAAAAGUGUGAGUUUGGGUGGCUUUUUGAAAGUGACAUUUAUCACAAAGAGGAGAAACAGUUGGGAAGAUCUUGUUCAAUUUGGUCUUUAAGUAGUAUAACCUAUGCAAUACUUUAAAUUGUAUCAGGCAAUGCCUGGCAUUUAAAGAAGACUAAUGUAUGUAUUGUAGGCUUUCAUCCCAUAUAUCUUUCGAAAUGGGUUGACCCAGCUCGUCAUCCCAUGCUCGCCUCUAAACCUCAGAAGGUGGAGUGUCAAUAUUUGGAAGGGCAUUAUAAAUGUAAUAUAUCAACUUGCUUGUAUCGGCAUGUCUAUUCAAACAUUGAUCUAAUAUAUCAGGACCCAUAAGAGAACAAUUUUGUAUAUGUUUUCACGUAAUCUCGAAGUUGGAGGUAUCUAAAAAGAUUAUUGCCAUCCAACACUCACAGUCUAGUAGACAUGUUUUCAGUAUUAUUCACAGCUCAGACUGAGAGAAGUGACCCUCUUGCUCCCCCAUCUUGCAGAGACUGACUGAGGCACUCAACACUUCUGAGUUGUAUAGUCCCUCAGGAAGGGGCGUGGCCUUCAGGAGAGAGAAUCUCACCAAUUUUUAAACACUAAUAACUCUUCUAUUAUUCUUCCCAUUAACCAAAAUCCUCGGGAACAGUGUCUAUGCCAAACAUGAUGCCAAGCCAAACUAAUCUCAUCUGCCGGUCCAUCAUCCAUAUCACUCCAUUCCCUGCAUAUCCAUGUGCCUAUCUAAACAUCCUCUUAAACACCAUUGUGGUAUCUGCCUUCACCUCUAUUUCUGGCAGUGCAUUUGAGUAUCCACCGCCCUCUGUGCAAAUACAAACUUGGCCUGCUCAUUUCCUUUCCUCUCAUCUUAGAGCUGCACCAUUUAUAACGCCUGUCACAUUUUCCCUCGGGGCAAAAGGUUCCGGCUGUCUACCCUUUCUACGCCUCUCAUAAUCUCAUUUGCUUCUGUCAAGCCUCCUCUCUGCUCCUGAUAUCUCCUGCGUUGUCGAUGUGGAAUUUGUUUCGAGCGCGGUCUGCUGCCUUGCGCUUAUCUCAAGUAGCCCGUCAGUGAACCUGUUGCUGUUUGUUUUGCCACGUGUGUGUGCACGUAAAGUGCGAGUGGCGGGAUGCAGGGGGCUGGAUUCCCAGCGUUGGCGAGGAUGCCACUGACGCAGAAUUACUCAGUGACGCUGUCUGCCAGCAUCAUUUAAAGCUCGCUCCAGCCAACGCUCCCUUCACAUCUGCUCUGGCCAUAUCUUUCCAAGACACAAGCAGACCUUGAGCCGCUGUAUUCAUGCUGCCCGCAGCCAAUUGCGUGUCCUUCAGAAGCACCAUAGAGUCUAUGCUGCCUUGGACUAGCCUGAGAAAUGCAAGCGGCCAGACCGGCGCGGGGGGCAGGAGCGUCAGGUCCAAGGACAUCUUCAGCGUCAUGGUGACUCCUGACCGCAUCCCGAAGUUCUUCAUCCCUUCCUUGGAUGUCCACGUCCACGGCGAGCAGCCCCCGAAGGCGGAGGAGGGUUGCCCGUCACCGGCUUUGCUCAUAACGUCAAUUGAAGAAGGCAGAAGCUCAUCGGAGAACAACGUAAGGAGGGAGCGGAUCCCGAGGCGGGGCAGUUUGCGCCCAGGGUCCCCGGCGAGCUGCGGCAACGGGGAGCUCCUCUCCGGAAAGCUGGACAGAGCAGCCGACCACUCGGACCCGGCGACAAGAGCUGCCCUGUCCCUGCCCCACUUCCAGAAGAUCACCACCCCUUACGGUUUCCCCGCACUGGGGGAGAUCCCUCACAUCAGGAGGAAAGAAUCGCUCUUCUUUGAGCGGGACGUUGCUGACAUCAGGAGCUUUCUGAAGAGCAGGAAGCAGAGCCGGGCGCUGAGCAGGAGCCGCUCCAGCUCGCUCAGUGACCCCAAACUUCAGAAGCCCCUUGUAACCAGCACAGUGGCCCGGGCGAGCAGGUCGGCGCCUUGGGAAACCAUCCAUAGCCCCGUGCUCCCACUCUACCCAACUAAAGCAUCCAGCUCCUUGUCCCGUUUAGUGAAAGACAAGAACAAGUUUCAGGUCCUUAUCAAGAAACACAUAGCCAGCAUCAAGCGCAUGAGGUCCAGAUGAUCGUCCAUGCUGUUGGCACAACGAGCAGAGAGCGGUGUCAGCGUCUGAGCCGGCGGAGCUCCCAGCCCACCGGCGUCCCGGGACCUCACCUGGUGCACAGACAGACCCCCACUCUUUGGUCCAUCGAGCACCUGUCAGGCAAGCACAGCAUCUCCCCCUCGGACCUCCAGGUCAGCUGAACACUGUAAGUGUGGGGAAUCCGAAAUAGGAACAGCAGAUACUGGCAGGACACAGCGGCUCAGGCAGCAUCGGCUGAAAGAGACACACAAUCACCGUUCCAAUACCAGGACCUUUCGACGGAACAAGUGACUUAAAAGUUUUUUUGAAGAAGAAUUUCUUCGGGGUACCGGCAAUGCUCAUCGCCAUUUCUUCGAGUGAUUGAUUGCCCGUUUUCGAAAAGAACACAGGAAGAAGGCGGCUGCCCUUGCAUGUCUGCGGACUGAAACCAACAACAAACUAUAUAAAGUCUACAGUAUUUAUUUGUACUAAAUAAAGCAUUGUUCAAACUA